GCUGCGUUAAAUGCAGGAAGGAUUUCUCUGGUUUCUCUCUGAUUCUAAUUACUUUGGCUGUCUGGUUUCUCCUUGAAAUUCUGAUCCUGACAUCUCAAGACCCUAAAUUGCUGCUUCUCUUCCUGCUUUUAUUCCUUCUGUCCCUAGGUUCUGAUCUCCAGGGUUGCGGUCUCUGACCACACACAUCACAACCUUACCAGUCUUCAGAGCACACUCCUUUCCAACCGACGACAUGAUAGAACCCUCUGAAGACUCAUUUGAGACGAUGAUGGAGCUUAAGAAUCCAUCAUCAAAACAAAUGGAGUCCUCCGAGGGCUCAUCCAACACCGUUGAGGAGACACCAGGCAGCAGUGAGGUGCAGGCGGAGGUGGAGGCGGGCUCAGACAGUGGCCCAGCCCAGGAGAGCAAGGAGCCACCCAGUGGCCCUCUCCAGGAAAUGCAAAUGCUGCCCACUGAUCUGCUCCAAGACAUGGAGGAGCCAUCCAGUGGCCCACAUGAAGAAAAAGAGGAUCCACCCAAUGACCUACUCCAAGACAUGGAGGAGUCAUGCGAUGGUUCAGAUCAGGAAGGGGCGGAUCCACUCAGUGAGGCAUCUGAUGACUCAGAUGAAACACAAUCAUUCAAUGUAUCUGAUAUCCAGUCUGAGCAAGAAGAUGAGACUGACCUGGAAGACGAAAAGGAGGAAGAGGAGGAGGAAGAGCCCAGAAACUCUCCAGAAGAAGUCAUGUCCAUGAUGGGGUCCAUCAUCUCACUGUUCCUCAGAAUGCAAGACCUCAAAGAACAACAGAGAGUGGCUGAGCAGCUCUUGAUGCAAGCCAUCAAUGAAGGCCGGCUGCCUGCCAUCAGGCACUUCUCUGGAGAUCGCAGAGAGUACCACGAGUUCAUCGUGCUCUGCCAGAUGACCUUACAGAACUACCCAUCCAUGAUCUACAACGAACGCCUGCGGGUCAAGUUUGUCAUCUGUCACCUGUCUGGCCUAGCCUUAGAAUGGGCCAAUGCCCUGGUAGAGGAGGACAGCCCCCUGAUAAACAACUACACAGCCUUCCUUGAGGCCAUGUCUGAAAAGUUUGAGUAUCGGCAGACACUGCGUGUGGCAGAAGAUGCCAUGUUCAACAUCAGGCAAGGGAACCGCUCUGUCGCCGACUACAUCAAUGAGUUCCAGAGUCUGAUACCUACCUUAGGCUGGCCAGAUGAUGUCCUGCAGGCCCACCUGUGCCAGGGGCUCAAUGAAGACAUCAGGCACUACCUGUUCCGGAUCCCUCAGCCGGAUUCCCUGGAGAACCUUUUUGUGCUUGUCCUGCAAAUUGAAGACAAACUAGCAGAACGAAGGGCCGUGCUCAGGCUGCCCCCUGAAUCCCGCCCACGAAACAUGACCUGGAUUGACUCACCUGCCCCGGAGAAGUGGAUGGUGAGCAGCUGGCUGCCCAACGAGUACGACCCUGACAUCGACCGUGAUCACAUCUUCCUGCUGCUCUUGGUGAGGGUGAGCCCCUACCACAGCGUUGCAGUGCAGGCCCUGGUGGACUCGGGAGCAGAAGGGAACUACAUGGAUGAGAAGUUUGCCCAAGAACACUACGUGGAGCUCUACGAGAAACCCUAUCCACAGACAAUCCAGACUGUGGACGGCUCCCUGCUCGGCAAUGAACCAAUCUGGCUGUACACCGAACCUCUAAUGUGUGUCCAACAGAACCAUUAUGAGUACAUCGAAUUUGACAUCGUACCUUCACCCAACUUCUCUGUGGUCUUAGGCAUCAAGUGGCUCCGAACCCAUGCACCCCAAGUUGACUGGACCAGAGGCCGUUGCACCUUCCACUCUCCCUACUGUCUGAAGAAUUGCUUCCAGCCACCCCCGCCAUGCAUCGCACUGGAGAACUACAGCAUGAGCCUACUGCCCGGAUUGCCGCACCCAUACUCAGACCUGGCCGACGUGUUUAACCCGAAGGAAGAAGCAGAUGAUGAGACUUCCGACCAGCCAAGCUCAGACGGAUCCGAUGAUCUUUCUGAAUCAGAGCCCUCUGAGCUUCAGCAGGCUGGAGACAGUGAUCAUCGAAGAGGCGUCCGUCACAGGCGUGGUCCCAGAAAGUCCUCGAAAUCUGUGAGCGCCAGGAUGCAAGAAAAAGCCAAGGAGCAAGAGCAAUACUGGGUGCUAUAUGACAUGCUGCAUGACAGACAGGACUACAUACAGAUGAUACCAGAACUGUUUGACCAGUUACAUGGAGCCGCAUGGUUCACAAAGCUGGAGCUGCUUGGGGGUCGUAAGAAACAGAAUGUGGACUACAGCUUCACCGGCACAGAAGACACAUGGAGAGCAGCCUUCGGUUUGGGUCUCCACCAGAUGAGAUGCUACCGGCCCUUCACACAAGACUCCUACUCCAACGAAUCAGAAAACGUGAUUCACUUAAUCCUAAAAGACAUCCUAGGUCUCUUUGUGAUUUGCCAUGGCCGAGAGGUCCUGGUCUACUCAAUGAGUCAGGAGGAACACUUCCUACACGUCCGCCAAGUCCUGGUCCGCUUCCGAUACCACAAUGUCUACUGCUCGCUAGACAGAAGCCAAUUCCACCGCCAAACCGCAGAGAUCCUAGGCUUCGUGCUAUCCCCCAAAGGGGUGAAACUCAACAAGACUCUCAUGAACCUCAUCACAGGGUGUGCUGUCCCCAUGAGCAGGAGGUGCCUACAAAGCGUCAUCGAACUUGUCUAUCCCUACCGCCACUUUGUAGAGCACUUCGCCAUCAUCGCAGAACCCCUGGUGAGGCAGCUGCUGAGCACAGAGCCCUACUCCUGGGGAGAGGAGGAGCAGGAAGCCUUCGAGUCCCUGAAGAGGGCUUUCCGCAAAGCCCCCGUCCUCUACCACCCUAAGCCUCAGAACCCAUUCUACUUGGAAACAGGCGUUAUCGGCUCCUUCCUGUACGCCUCCCUGAUCCAAACUGACGAGGAGACUGGCAAGAAAGCCACCUGCGCUUUCUACUCACGAAACCUCUCCCCAAUCGAGGUGGAGUACCCUCAAGUGGAGAUGAGGAUCCUUCCAAUCCGGGCUGCCUUCAUGGUGUGGUGCCGCUACCUGGAGAACACCGAGGAGCCCAUCAUGAUCCUUCUCAACACAGAGGAUCUAGCCUCUCUGAAUAAUGACAGGCUCACCGUACUUCUCCCCGGGCAUUGGGUCUUCUUUUUCUCUCACUUCCAUUUUGAUGUUAUGGAGCUGCCUGAUCAAGAUGACACCCGAGCCCUGUACCUCAGGAGAAGUCAGAACCAGAGAGGCUUAAGAGGAAGCUUUAUGAGACCAUUACUGCUUCUUGCCAUGAGGGGAGGUCAUAGGGACUCACUCCCUGAGUCCUCAGACUCGGACUCAGAAGACAGUGAAGACGAAGAAGAACGAGAAGAGGACAGGCAGGCCAUGGUGCAGGAGCUACUGUCUGCCAUUCCAAUAAACCAGAUCCUUAACAUCUUCCUGGCUCACUUCAGCGUAGCCCAGAUCCGGGCCGUGGUCCUAAACUUCUUCCGUGCCAUUCUCUAUUGGAAAAGUGUCCUGGGUGUGGCAGCCCUCCUGGUGAUGCUGAGGGUGAGGCAGCACCUCUCCCCACUGCCUGCCCCCUCUUUGGAGGUGGCCAGGCCUCAGCACGGGCACACACUCCGACUCAUCCUGGACUCCACCCUCAUCGCAAGUAGUGGCAUGGCCACAGCCAUUGCUCAGUUGCUCAGCCAGAUGCCCCCUCUAGUGGGUGCCAACACCCUCCCAGCUCGAGAGCUGGCUGAGCUGUUCCUGGGCCCAAGGUGCUGGCAUCGGAAUGCACUGCAUUCCCGCCCCCCACGGGGCCUGCGAUUCACUCCUGGGUUCUGGCUGACCCUGUGUGAAUUCUUCGGGGUCAGAGCCAACCCCGAACAGGACAGUUUCCCUGACCUCCACCAGCACCGAUACCUGGAGCUGCACGUCGUUGGUGAUGAAGAUGUCGUCUUGCGAGAAGCCCUGCAAGACGACCUGCAACGUUACCGUCACUGUGGCCUGCAUGACGGCCUGCAAGACACCUCGCAGGACGCGCAGGACAACGACGUGCAAGAAUUCCUGCUUGACCGAGAAGCGGUCACCUUCCGCCCACGGAACCUGUUGGACCCAGAGGUCCUAGAUUUCCUCAACAACCGCCUACUCUAUAUCCUUGGUGCCGACGGCCGGCUUACCCUGCUUAGCAGAGAUGAGGUGGCCAGGGCCCUCACAAGAUUCCUGAGCAUGGCCUCCAGAAUGGCCCUGCCUUCCCCAGCCAGGGAACGGGCGAGGCUAGCAGAACUGUCUGACUCAGACGAUGAACUUGACUGAACACACACCAAAGUGUCUGCUAUCUUCCCUUGUGCCUCAGCCAGCUUCGCUCAAAUCCAGCACCCGCUCUCGCCACUCUUACUUAACCCAAGGGGAACCCACUUGU